UCCAGGAACAGGGUGGGAGUACCAUGGGUUAGAAGUUAGGGUCAGGGGUUUGUGGUUAAAGUUAGAAUUAAGGUUAGGGUUAAAUUAAGGGCUCGGGGUUAAAUUUAGGAUUAGGGGUUAGGGAAUAUAGGAGUUUGAAUGGGAGUCAAUAGUUUGGUUCGCACAAUGGUAGUAAAACAAACGUGUGUGAGUGUGUGCGUGUGUGCCUGCACGUGUGCUCUCUCAUUCCGUAGGCCAUUCUAUUGAUGUAGGAAUCUGUGGCUUAUUAUUAUACCAUAGGACCUCAUUGCCUUCCACUCCCCAUAAUCUUAUGUCAUUAGCAGAAUCGUAAUAUUGCGGACAAGAUGCCUGGGCAAGUCCACUGAAAGUGAGGCGGCCGGAGGAGUGAAAUAUCAACCCAGUGUUUGUUCCUUGUUGUGCAUCAAUACAUCACAGUACGGAGGAGCAGGCCGGUCAAUAAACGAAUCAAAUCUGAAUUUUAAGGGGUAUUGACUUGAGUUCCCUGGAUCUGCUAUAAUUCUGAUCCAAACAAGCUGCAGCGACUAAAGCGCUCCUUGUCCUUCAAGUCAGUGAUGCGCAGCAAGAGCGUGGACAACUUCUUCCAGCGCCCCAGCAACGGGGAAGUCCGCCUGCCCUCUGGGAUCAUCCACGAGCCUCCGCUGACCUCCUCGCCACCACCCUUCGGGGAGACGCCCCUGACCUGCGAGCGCUCACCCUCCCUCUCCCCUUCGCUCAGCCCCAACCCCUCACUUUCGUCCCACUCGCCCUCCCUCAGUCCCUCCCUCUCCCUGACCUCCAAAGCCCAGCUCCAGGGCCGGCUAGUGAAGACCCACUUUUUCCAGGAGCACGUCUUCCGUCGGCCCACCUGCUGCCAGCAAUGUAAACACGUGAUCCAGGGGAACUCCAAGCAGGGUCUGCGCUGUAAAGCCUGUAAACUGGGCGCCCACCUCUGGUGCUCCUCUGAGCUGUCCCAACAGCCCUGCACAGGAAAGACGGGGGCCUUUAAACGGAACUUCAGCUCCCCUCUCUUGACUAACGAUAUGUUAGGGGUGGUCAAGGAAGCUCCACCAUCGCAAGAGUCUGAUAAAGGGGGAGUUGACCCUGUGUAUGAGGCUCUGCGUUAUGGAACGUCGCUGGCACAGAUGAGUCGCUCUAGCUUCGGAAGCAUCACUGAGUCCCCCAUUCAUAAGGUGGAGAGAGUAGGGGAGGGACUGGAAACGCAACCAAUCGUUGAGGAGGAGUUUGUCCCAGAGACUGAGACUCUCAAUCCUCCUGAAAGUGAGGCUGAUUCAGAGGACAGGGUCAGUCUGAAGACUCCAAAGCGCAUUGACGUCCACUCUGUACACACCUAUGUGGCUCUGUACAAGUUCAUCCCUCAGGAGAAGAAUGAUCUGGAAUUACAACCUGGCGAUCGAGUGCAAGUAACUGAUGACUCUAAUGAGGACUGGUGGAAGGGGAAAAGCAAAGACAAGCUGGGUUUCUUCCCCGCCAACUUUGUACAGAGAGUGCGCCCAGGUGAGCGUGUGUGGAAGGUCACGGGUGGUUUCCAUGGUGACCGUGACAGAGGGCAGAUGACUGUGAAAGAGUCUCAGAUCUGUGUAGGGAAGAACGAAGAGUUGGACGGUUUCCUAAAGCUGAGCAGUGGGAAGAAGAGAGGUCUAGUCCCUUCCAAGUACCUUCUGGAGAUAUGACUUCCGUCAAAGAAGGGAAUUCUCUGUGUCCCGACCCUCGUUCUGCCCUGAAGACCACCCUCUAUCAGGAGCGCUUCCCUAACACCUCACUGACUGCCAACUCCCUGGAUGUGGAAAUGGACCCUCCCACCAACACCAGAAAACAUAGAGAGGGAGGGAGAAUAUGGUGGACACUGGCCAGGAUCGAAUUAGUUUCACUGCUUUGCUUGGAGUGGUGGAAUAAUUUUGAGAGAAAGGAGGGGGGAGGGCUUCUGUUGAGCUAGCUGCUUUACCUGUGGUGUACCCUCACACUCUUUUACCUGUUCACGCACACAGACACAAACGCACGCACGAGCGCACACACACACACACACACACACACACACACACACACACACACUGCUGCACAAAGACACUGAUGCUAACAAUGGCCCUGGAGCUUGGGCGGCGUGACUGUAGCAGGCAGUGGUUGUCUGAAAGAUGUAUGGAUACCUCACAAUCUACACAAGCACAGCUUCUGCUUGAGCCAAGGUGGAGAAGACUGGCAAUUAUUCGCCGUGUGGUCGUGUGACCUUUUGGAUUUCAUGUGAAAGUGAAAUUUGGACGUUUUUGUCCAAGUCCAAGUUCUGUAGCAUUUUAUUGUAGCAGCUUGUUGCGACAAAGCUCUUUUCCUUUGAGGUUGUCCUCCCAGCCAGAUAUGGUAUAGCCGCAUUCCCUGUGGCGCAGAAUAUUUAGCACAUUGGGGCAAACCAAAGUGGGUAGGUGGUGGUAGAAGGGAGCCUCAAGGGCCCUAUGCUUGAUUUGAGGAUUGUAGCUUGGACAAUGUAAUUGAAAGUGUACUGUUGAGUCAAAUUUAUUGAUGCAUGCUUCACUCACUCCCUGACCAUUGGGAGGUUCAGGUCCUAGCAUUUGAUCUUUGCUAACCCCCUUCUUUCUUUACAUUGCUCAAUCCCAUUUGACAAUUUGUUUAGCUAAAUGGCUAACAGUUUUUUUGGUGCAAAAUGGCUUCCGUGGCAUCAUCCAGGUGGGUGCUACACAUACCUAUAGGUGUUGGAUGAGGUUUAAAGUGCUACGAGCAUCAGGAAAAGCGCAAAAUAAUAUCAAAUCCAUUAUCGUCAAUGAUCUUUACUAUUAAGAAGGGUUUAGCCAGGAGAGCGAGGGGAGACAGACACACAUGUUAAUCCUGCUGUGAUGUCCUUCCCAACGAUGCGUGAUUAUUUGGGACCUCUGUCCCUCUUCCCCCAUUUAUUUCCCCCACCUCUCGGUCUGUCACACAUGCUCUCUGUCUAGCACUCUCUCCCUCUCUGUGAUCACUGAAUGCUUAGAGCUCUGUGACUGCAGCAGAGGUCACAGCGGUCACAGCACUGAGACAGUGUAGCAUGAUAAGACACUCAGACACAAAGCUUAACUUAAAAGUCAGAUUCCUCCCUCUAUAUGGGCUCCUCCGCAGGCCUCUGGAUGUCAGCCAUUUUCAUAGCAUUUUAUAGUAAGUUAGUAAUACAUUAUUCUCAUGGAAUGUGUUGGGAUGCAACCACCCGACAGAAUUAUUUUCACAUGCGCAAUGUCCUCAGCCCUUUUGGUAAUGCCAUGUUGUGGUUUUUUUUCUUCUGUAUCUUGUGUUGAAACAUACCAUUCUAACACUCUCAAAUGCCUAGGCCGGUCAAAGGAUGUUUUUGUGUAUCCUGCUGAAUUGAGAGUGAAAUGUCUAUGAAACACUGGAUACAACGUCCUGUGGAUGUCAUUACUUCCUUUGCUGAUUUAUUCACUCUAGGAUUCACUCCGUAGCAGUCAGAAGCUUUCUUGGUAAUAACCACUUAGUACCAGUCAAAAGUUUGGACACACCUACUCAUUCAAGGGUUUUUCUUUAUUUUUUACUAUUUUCUACAUUGUAGAAUAACAGUGAAAA